AUGGAGAAAAUCUCAGCAUUUUUCGUCAUCCUCUUCCUGGUCUCGUCAUGUAUGGUAAAUGUGACUGUUGCAAUGCCUUUGAUAAUAUGUCAAACAGACCAAGAUUGUCUGAAGUAUGGACUCCCAAGAUGUAAGUACACAGGGAAGAUGCCACUUUGUCUCCAUAAUUAUUGUGGCUGUUCCCCUAAAAGACUUCCUGCUUCCACCCCUUCAUCAUCAACUUCCUCUAACUCUUGA